AUGGACACGUGUGCCUGCGCUUUGGAGCUGCUGGGGAUGCUGGUCUUUGUUGGAGCUUGGCUGUGUGCUCUGAGCACCACUAUCUUACCACAGUGGCUGACCAUGUCCACCGCCCUGCUGCCGGUGGAGAGCUACGAGCUGGGCCUGUGGGAGACCUGCGUGGUCCAGGACGUCGGGGGCAUGGAGUGCCGGGCUUAUGACAGCCUGCUGGGCCUCUCCAGUGACAUCAAGCUGGCCCGCAUCCUCAUGUGUGCAUCCCUCGUUGUGGGCAUGCUUGGAAUCCUGGUAGCUAUACCUGGGCUGUACCUGGUCAACAUCUGUAAAGAAGGUAGAGGCUGUCGAACCAAGAGGACUCUGACCACUGUGGGAGGGCUGCUGGGGAUGGUCUCUGGAGUGCUGUGUCUGAUCCCGGUCUCCUACAUGGCCCAUUUAGCCGUCAUCCAUUUCUUUGACGAUAAAGUACCCGAUGUUGUGCCAAGAUGGGAGUUUGGAGAUGCCCUGUUCUGUGGCUGGGUGGGAGGAUUUCUCCUCAUAGUGGCCGGGCUGCUCCUGGUCACCUCAUGCUGGUGCUCACAGGUGGAGCCUCAGCCGGCGCAGCAGCGACGGUACCAGGUGAUGAGUACGGACAUUAACUUCAGGAAGCGCACCGAGUACGUUUGA